CUCGGUUACAACAGAAACGAAAUCGCUAUUGGUAGUUAACGAAUGAGUUUCCAGAUACUAUCCUGAUGUGAGAUAAUAUUGGCAUCGACGACAUUCAUGAUUACACAUAAACCACGAACUGCUAGGGUCUAGUUCCACAUCGAUAUUCACCUUUACAGAGUCGACAGAAUGUUUUCCUCUUCCAGAAAGGCACCACCAACGUGGACAUGGCCAGAAGACCUCCCCGAUUCAACACCGGGCGCUUUUCCCGAGCCGUCGCAAAAGGAGCCUGAUGCUACUACAAGCGCAGAGAGCACUCAAAGUACAAGCACACCAAAUCAGAAUCCCGAACAUCGAUAUCCUCCACGGAUGUGUCGGAUUUGCUUAGAUACUGUCAACCCAACGUCAGAAACUGAGUCACAAUAUCUACCUAGCAUGCUUCAAUCGAAACCGCGCGUGGUCUACGUGUCGCCCGAUCCAGAACUUGGUCGUCUCAUACGGCCCUGCAAAUGUAAAGGGUCUUCGCGGUAUGUGCAUGAAGGCUGCUUGCAGUCAUGGCGACACGCCGAUCCAUCCUACGGAAGACGAAACUACUUCCAAUGCCCUACCUGCGGAUUCAAAUAUCGGAUCCAGAGGGUAAUCUGGGCCCGCUGGAUUACUAGCUCUGUAGCGCAGCUUGCCCUUACAUUUUCAAUCCUGCUACUCACUGUCUUUAUACUCGGUUUUAUUGCUGACCCUAUUAUCAAUCUCUAUUUGCCUCCCGUCGAUACCAUUAUUGAUUCUGAUUUCUGGGAAGAAACUCACGUGCUGGAUGUUCCAGAUCUAGGUGAAGCAACGACAUGGUUUGAGCAUUUUCUCAAGGGACUUGCCUCGCUCGGGGUUCUGUCAAUUAUCAAAGUGUUUCUAGCAAUGUCUCCGUGGGGUUGGUUGCAUCUACGGAGUUCUGCUUUGUUCGGUGCUGGUGGGCGGACUACAGGCCGGACGCGUGUUGCCUCCAUCAGUUGGGUGGUGAUACUAUUCGGAGUCGUUACAUUUCUAGUGGCUGUCUUCAAAGGCGUCCGACAGUUGGUCCACAGGACUCUACGGAGAGCUGGAGAAAGCGUUCUCGAUAUCCAAGGCGAGGAUGAUGACAAGGACCUUGAUGAAGGAUCCGACCACGUAAAAAAGGAGGAUUAGCUAUUGCCUUGCUUCUCGACUUAUUAUACUCGCACUACUUAAGUUGUCACGAUCCUCCCAUGACGUGCUGAUUAGUCAACGUGCGAAGAUCGAUUGUUUCCUUCAUCAACUCUUGGUCUUGUACGAACGAGCCCGCCACGUUAUGUGUUGAGCUCAUUUACUUCGGAUAUUGGCCUCGAGGAAGGACUGCCGCUGCUCGAUGGAUUAGACAAGGUGUGACUGUACUUGUUCACAGUCUACAAAGGCUUUGUCUGAUUGAGAGUCGGUAAAUGUCUGUACAUAUGUAUCUGUAAAUAUUCAUCCAAUGAGCAAUCCAAUGAGUCUGACUCUCAGUAGAA